AUGGCCACGCUGGGCUGGCGAGCUAACACGAACCACAUCGACUUGACGCUCUCGUCCUCCGAUGAAGACGAGCAGCCCCGCCUCUCGUCCAGAGGCGCGCACCGGCCGCAAGUUGAACGACUCGCUGGAUCUGGCGGAGGGAGGCGCUUGAAGCGGGCGCCGAGGAUUGUCGACUCGGAGGAGGAGGAAGAGCAGGACGGUGCGGAGGCUGACGAGUUCAAAUACGCCGUCCAGCAGAGUGCAAGGAAGCGAGUCGUCCCGGACGACGAGGACGAGUUGGAUGAGGGGCACUCGCGGGGAACAUUCAUUGUUCGGCACGACGCUGCAUCGGGACAGCUUGAGGCUGAGGAGGGCGAACUGUCGACGGAGGAGGAACCGGACACGGCGGACGAGGAGGGCGAGGACCUGGACGAGGAGGAGGAGGAACUCGCUCCCCUCGACGACCUGCGACGUCCGGCUCAGCACGUUACUGCGCCCGCACAACUGACGGCAGAGGAGCAGCUGCGCAAGUACGGCUUCGUCAUGCACCAGCCCGCCGCGCAGCCUAAACCGGCCGUUCCCUCGUUCCCCAAAAAGGCGCCGUUCGGCUCCAUCACCAACACCGCCCCCUCUUCGUCGUCCGCUUCUUCUUCUUCGCUCUUCAACAAGUCCGCCGCCGCUCGUCCACGCCUCCCCUCAACCCUCGACGCUUUCGGCUUCAAAUCCGCGACGACGGAGCGAAAGGUUUCGGCGAAGGAAAGGGCGUUUGAGCAGAUGAGGGAGGACCAGAAGCGGCUUGGAGUGCCGAUUGACGUGCCGAAGAACGCGCAGCGUUCCGCGAAGGAGGCGGAGGACAGCGACCCUCUCGCUGCGAUCGACGACGAACGCGCUCUUGCGGCUGCAAUGCAGGAUCUCGAUGUCAAUGACGACGCCUCGCCAAAGGAUCAAGAGUCGGCGCUCAAGGACCUCGUCUCGUCCACCAUCGACAUGGACAACGUCGACACCUCGUCCGGCCCGCCCGCCGGCCUCAAGUGCACCCUCCUCCCGCACCAAGUCCAGGGCUUGCACUGGCUCAAAGACCGCGAGUCGGACAAGAAACGCGGAGGCAUCCUCGCCGACGAUAUGGGUCUCGGCAAGACUGUCCAGCUCAUCUCGCUUCUCCUCGCUAACCCCUCCGACCGGGAGAAGUGCAAGUCCAAGACUACGCUCGUGGUCUGUCCCGUCGCCCUCAUGGGCCAAUGGAAGCAAGAGAUCGAAUCGAAGACAGACGGUCGUCUCCGCGUCUUGAUCCACCACGGCCCAAGCAGGACGGACGAAGGGCGCAAGUUGCAGAAGUACCAUGUCGUCAUCACCUCCUACAACACGCUCUCGUCGGAAUGGGUCGACCCGAAACCGAGGCAGAAGAAGGGAGGGUACGGGUCCAGCGAGGACGAGGACGAGCUUGAUGAGUUGGGCAAGUUGAGUGCCAAGCUAAGCAAGAAGGGCGGGAAGGUCAAGGACGACAAGGGCCCGUUGUUCGACGAAGACUACAUGUUCUAUCGCGUCAUUCUCGACGAGGCUCACCAAAUCAAGAACACCAACACGAAGGUCAACAAGGCUUGCUGCGAUCUCAAGGCGCACUACCGCUGGUGCUUGACCGGAACGCCCCUCCAGAACGACGUCAUGGACCUCUACGCCAUUUUCAAGUUCCUCGGCGGCCGCAUCGUGCGCCCUCUGCACGACGUCAGCGAAUUCAAAGCCAAGAUCGCGAGACCGCUGAAAAGCAAGCGCACGAAGACGGCGCUCGCACGCUUGCAGAUCGUCCUCAAGGCGAUCAUGCUCCGCCGUACCAAGACGAUGACGGUUGAUGGGAAGCCGCUUCUGACGCUGCCAAAGCGCGAGGUCAUCGUAGUCAAGGGACCUUUCCUCGACCAGAAGGAAGCGGACUUUUACAAGAAAAUCGAGGAGAAGAUGCAAGAGGCGCUCAGCGAAAUGGCGACGAGCGAAAUCAUGAAGGACAUGACCAAGGUCCUCGUCAGGCUUCUCCGCAUGCGCCAAGCUUGCAACCACCCUUCGCUCGUCACGAAGAACUCGAUUGAGGACCAGCGCGAUGCCCUCGACCCGACUCCGCAGCGGGCUCGCACGACACCGACCGGAUCUGGCGCACCCUCCCCUUCUGCCUCGCAUGCCGACGGGCUCGCCGACCUUCUCGACGGCAUGUCGCUCAAUACCUGCGCCUUGUGCUCGGCAACCGCCUCGACUAAUGACAGCGGCUACUGCAAGUCGUGCGACCGCGACAUGGAGCGCUACGCUUCGCUCUCGUCGUCGACCAAGAUCAAGCGCACGCUCCAUAUCCUCGAGGGUAUCAAGCGGGAGAGCUACGAGGCGAUCGAGGCGGAAGCGCAGGCUGAGGACGACGAGCAGGACAGCGACGAUUUCGAGCUUGGCGUCGUCGACGCGCUGAAAAAGUCGAAGCUGGGAAUGAAGAAGACGAUCAUCUUCUCCCAGUUCACCUCGAUGUUCGACAUUCUCGAGCCGUUCUUGCGCAAGGGCGGAUACCGCUACGUUCGCUUCGACGGCCAGCUCAACGCGAAGGAGAAGGAGGCUGCACUCGACGCAAUCCGCAACAACCCCAAAGUCACGGUCAUCCUCGUCUCGAUCAAGUGCGGCGCCGUCGGCCUCAACUUGACCUGCUGCAGCCGGGUCAUCCUGCUCGACCUUUGGUGGAACCCGGCCAUUGAGGAGCAAGCCUUCGACCGCGCUCACCGCUUCGGCCAAAAGGACGACGUCAAGAUCUACAAGCUCACUAUCGACGACACGGUCGAGGAGCGUAUCCUCAAGCUGCAGGCCGACAAGGCCGAGCUCGCCAAAGCCGCACUCGACGGAGGCGACCUGUCCAAGGGCAACAAGCUUUCGGUCCAGGAGAUUCUGUCGCUCUUCAAGCUCGACAAGCUCGACUAG